GAAAAUUAAGGCUUCCAUAUAUAAAUGCUUCGAAGCUGAUGAACAUACGAUUUUCAAGAACUUGGAUUUUGUCAAUAGUCAUUAAGUCAUGGCAGAAGGCAAAGCGAUGUGCAAUGCUGCUCCAUUUAAAUUCACAUGGAGAAUUAACGAGUUUUCCAAAAGGACAGGAAAAGUGUGUUCAGAAGAUUUCUCUGCUGGUGGUUGUAAAUGGCGUUUGGCUAUUUACCCCAAAGGAAACAAAGUGAAUUAUUUGUCAAUAUACCUGGAAGUUGCUUAUCCAAAAAAUUUGCCGGAAAAAUGGAGUACGGAAGUAAAAUUUAGCUUGGCAGUUGUUAAUCAAAUCAAUAGCAGGUCCACAGUCAGAAAAGAUACACAAAAACAAAUUGUAUUCAACGCAUCGGGAAAGAAUUGGAAUUGGGGUUUCGCAUUUUUCAUUCCUCUUAGCAAAUUAAAAAAUCCUUCAGAAGGGUAUCUUGUGGGAGAUAGCCUUAUGGUUGAAGCUGAGGUCCUUGUUUAUAAUGUCCAGCAAAACAGCUUAAGGGUUUACACUGAGGAGGAUACUGAAGCAAAGGUUCUGUCUCGCUGGGCAGAAUUAAAAGAGAGAGUAUUCCUGUGGCUGCUGCAACUAUUGCAGAAACUGCCCAAGCUCCCAGAACAUCUCUUUCAGGGAAAACCACUGAUCUUGAAGCAAGAUUGGCACAAAGAGAAAAGAAACUAAAGUUUCUUGGAGACUGAAUUCUCAAGACUUUCAAAAGAAGAAGAAAAAGUAGAGGCUCAAUUUCAAUUCUUAAUUACCCAGAAGGAGAAAAUUCUUGCUAAUAAGAAGUAUGUUUUAGCUGACUCGGAGAAAACAAAUGAUGAAGCUUUAAAAGAAUUGGAAGAAUGGCGAAAUGUGGAAAGUGAAAUCAAAGAGGUGAAUUAAGUGUCCAUUGGAAACUCUUCAGGGAGGAUUUGGGUCUUGGAAAGCUUAACAUUCCGUAAUUACUUCUGUCAUAACCCGAUCCCAUAGGCCGGAUCAGCACUAGGAACUGGGCCAAUAUAAAGCGCCCGAGGCCCGUAGUAAGCCUUAUUAUUUCUAAAUCCAUAACCAAGGCCCAAAAACUUAGGCUCAACAUAUAAAUAAAAUUAAAUAAAAUAAAAAAUUUU